ACACAGACUCCCGAAUGGGACCAUCAGUUCCCACAUCAAUGGAGCAACCGCCACUCGCCGAACACGUCUCCGGCGAAACCAUCCGCCCUCCCGGAGGCAGCACCCGCCACCCUGUCUACCGUGGUGUCCGGAAGCGGCGGUGGGGCAAGUGGGUUUCCGAGAUCCGAGAGCCACGGAAGAAGUCUCGCAUUUGGCUCGGCUCGUUCCCAGCGCCCGAGAUGGCAGCUAAGGCCCACGACGUCGCCGCACACUGCCUGAAGGGACGGAAGGCCCAGCUCAACUUCCCCGACGAGGUCCGCGACUUGCCCAUCCCCGCCACCCACAGCGCGCGGGACAUCCAGGUGGCGGCGGCCGAGGCAGCACGUGCUGUGGCGGCGAACAAGAAGCGCGGCGGCAUCGACGGCGACGACUUCUGGGCCGAGAUAGAGUUGCCGGAACUCAUGGAGGACGGAGAGCGCCACUGGGACGCCUGUCUGUGGGCCUUCGUCGCCGACGCUGCGUGUAGGGACGGCGAGGAUGAGGCGACGACGACGACGACCGCCUCUUCGUGGCACUGUCAUGUCCCCAAGAGGUGAAUCCACUCGGUGGUUGUAUUGACAGCACAUAUAGAUUGCCUUCGAAGUUAAUUCCUGCAAUGCUACUGCAGUUAUGCCAGAUUGUUUUAUCUUCGAAAUCUUCAAUAUUCUGUGUGUUAUUGCUGCAUGCACCAGUUGGACUUUGAUCACGAGGGAUGCUUCUAAUUAGAGAAGUUGCUAAUCACAUCUUAUUAA